UAGUUGAGAAAAAACAAGAUUAAAUCAUUGUAUAUAAAUGUCUUCUUUCAGUUUGACCCCUGUUGAAAGAUGUCCUCCAGGUCAGAUCCUUCUGAUUCUGGACCUAAGUCUGUCAGACGGUCCCCACGUUUCUCUCCACAGGGAACAAACAGCAGCUUUGUUGGAGAAUCAACCAAAGGAAACUCUGACAGUAAAGGAGGAGGCAGACUGCAAGAGGCGAAGAGGAGAGGAAAGAUGGAGAGAGAGCAGAGAGAACAGGAGCUCAACCAGAAGCUACAGCAACUGGACCUGUCGAGUCGAUCAGCUGCUGUAGGUACUGGACUAGUGUAUUCUGAAGAGUUCACCAAACAUAGGAACCUCUGGGACACAAGUCACCCAGAAUGUCCGGAGAGACUGCAGAAGAUUGUGGAGGAGCUGGAAAAACAGGAACUGCUUAGUCGCUGCACCAGAAUCCAGCCACGAGAGGCAACGGAAAAAGAACUGCUGCUCAUUCACUCGCAGAAGUAUGUGGAUCUGAUGCGCUCGACCCAAACAAUGACCGAGGCUGAACUGAGAUCUCUGUCAGAAAAAUACGACUCCGUUUAUCUCCAUCCGGACACAUUUUCUGUAGCGGCUCAGGCUGUGGGCUCCGUCCUGCAGCUCGUCGACAGAGUCCUCUCCUCUGAACUCAGAAAUGGAUUUGCUCUGAUCAGACCUCCAGGACACCACGCUCAGAGAGACCAGGCCAACGGCUACAGUGUGUUUAAUAAUGUGGCCGUAGCUGCUCGAUACGCUCAGACCAAGCACAGAAUCCACAGAGUUCUCAUCGUGGACUGGGAUGUGCAUCAUGGGCAGGGCAUCCAGUAUAGCUUCCAGGAUGACCCCAAUGUUCUGUACUUCAGCAUUCACCGCUUUGAGCACGGAUCAUUCUGGCCUCAUCUUUCUGAGUCAAACUCCGAUUUUACGGGAGACACAAGAGGAGCCGGACGAAACAUCAACUUGCCCUGGAACAAGACUGGAAUGACUGAUGCAGAUUACAUUGCUGCUUUCUAUCAUCUCCUGCUUCCUGUUGCGUACGAGUUCCAGCCUCAGUUGGUCCUGGUUUCCGCUGGUUUUGAUUCUGCAGAAGGAGACCCAAAGGGCGAGAUGUGCGUCAGUCCUCAGUGCUUCCAGGUUCUAACACGUCUUCUCAUGAGUUUAGCUGAAGGACGCAUCAUUCUGGCUCUAGAGGGCGGUUAUAACUUGGCACAAACAGCAGUUUGCGCUGCAGCCUGUGUGAAAGCUUUCCUGGGUGGAGCCUGUCCCCCCCUGUCUCUACCCACUGCUCCCUCCGACAGUGCUCUGGAGUCUAUAUCUCAGACCAUUAGCUCCCUUUAUCCUUAUUGGGCUUCUCUCCAAGUCCUGGAGGGAUGCUCGGUCUCUGGUGCUGAGGUAUUGAGGGAAUCGACCAAUCAGGGAAGCUCGUGUUGCCCAAGUCCCGCCUCUUCAGUAUCCACAAAGACUGGACUGGUUUAUGAUGAGAAGAUGAUGGAGCACCUCAAUAUGUGGGACAGACAUCAUCCAGAACAACCACAGAGAAUUUCAAAGAUCUACUCUCGACAUCAGCAGCAGGGUCUGGAGCAACGCUGUGAGAGACUCGAGGUCCGACUGGCGACAGAGGAGGAGCUCCUGAUGUGCCACAGUGCAGAUCACAUCGCUCGUAUGAAGUCCACCUCUGAUCUGAAGCCCAGAGACUUGUUCAAACUGGGGGAGGAGUUUAACUCAAUCUUCCUGAAUAAUCAGAGUUAUGAGUGUGCUCUGAUGGCGGCAGGCGGCUGUUUCAGGGCUGUGGAGGCUGUGCUCUCUGGACAGGUCUCUAAUGCUGUGGCCAUAGUGCGCCCUCCUGGACACCACGCAGAGAAGAGCUUCCCCUGUGGCUUCUGCCUCUUCAACACAGCGGCUCUUACAGCUCGAUUUGCUCAGAAAGUUUCAAACAAUCCUUCAUUACGGGUCCUGAUUCUGGACUGGGACGUUCACCAUGGCAACGGGACGCAACACAUAUUUGAAGAUGACGACAGUGUGUUGUACGUAUCACUUCAUCGCUAUGACAAUGGCAACUUCUUCCCCUCCUCGUUGGACGCUGCGUGUGACAAAGUGGGCGUGGCCAGAGGGGCGGGCUUUAAUGUGAACGUGGCCUGGAGUGGAGGGAGGAUGGGCGAUGCAGACUAUAUCGCCGCGUUUCACAGAGUCGUCAUGCCCAUCGCCACCGAGUUCAACCCAGAUCUGGUCCUGGUCUCGGCUGGGUUUGAUGCGGCGCGUGGAGAUCCUUUAGGAGGCUACAAUGUGACUCCAGAGGGAUACGCCCACCUCACUCACCUUCUGUUAACUUUGGCCUCUGGGAAACUAGUCAUGAUCCUGGAGGGAGGGUACAACUUGACGUCUAUCUCUGAGUCCAUGGCCUUCUGUACUUCUGUGUUACUCGGAGACCCGCCUCCAUCGAUCCUGUCCCCGCCUCCUCAUCACAGCGCUGUGGCGACCAUCAACGAGGUCAUCAGACACCACGCUCCCUUUUGGAAGUCACUGCGGAUACACAUCCCAGAUUCGGUGCGCGAGUCAUUGCCAUCCCCAAAGCAUCGUGGGAAGCGCAGUUCUAAAGGAAAAGGCAGGAAGUCUGAUCAGAGCGACAAACCUCCACUUCCUCCCUCAGACCUGGAGCAACUCACGCGACUGGCCGGAUUAGACAUCACGCAGACUGCUGCUGUGGGCGGGGCCAGACCAAAGCUCCGCCCCAGCUCAGGAAAACCAAACAAUCAGAGAGAGGAGAAGGCGGAGUCAUCAGAAAAGAGUCAGUCAGAGUCACAGGUUGUUGCUGCCACUGAUUCAGAUAUGCCAGAGUCCUCACCUGUGAAAAGGGAGGAGUCUGAAUUCUCACCUGUGAAAGGGGAAGGAUCUGAAGGCUCACCUGUGAAAGGGGCGGAGUCUCAACCCUUACCUCUGAAAGGGGAGGAGUCUGAACUGUCACCUGUGAAAGGGGCGGAGUCUGCUGCCAAGUCGGAGGCAGCUGGAGCCUGUGGUUGGUCCAAGAUAAACUUACAGGUGUCAUAUGAAGUGGAGAUGGGCGGAGACACCUUGUUUGUGGUGGACCCUCUUCCCUGGUGCCCUCAUCUAGACUCUGUCAAACCGCUGCCCCCUGGUGGUCUGAACGUGUUCAAACCCUGUGAGGACUGUGGCUCUGAGGUGGAGAACUGGGUCUGUCUCACCUGCUACAAGGUUUUCUGCGGCCGAUACGUGAAUGAGCACAUGGUGAUUCAUGGAGUCACAGCAGAACAUCCUGUGGUUCUGAGCUACGCUGAUCUGUCUGUGUGGUGCUACCUCUGCGAAUCCUACAUCCACAACCAGAUUUUAUUUGAAGCCAAGAAUGCAGCUCACUGGGCAAAAUUUGGAGAAGAGGUUCCACCCUGGACUUAAAACCAAACUCUCUUAAAACCUUACAAUUAUUCUCGUCUUUUUAUAUGUUAUCACCUCAAAUACUGUGUGAAUGGACUUUUUCUGAGUGUUACCAUGGAAAAUGGACCCACCAGCAGCUUUUACUGAAAUCUCCAGCAGUUUUUGGGAAUUUUAAUUUAAAGUGACAUUCUGAAGAGCUUAUGAACAAAAAAACUGUCAGUAUUCAUUAUAGUAUUAUUGCUAGAAACUGUCUCAUGCAAUAAGCCCCAGAAGUAUUAGAGUUUAGAGCAGACCUGGGCCUUUUCUUAGUUUAAAUCCUAGUGUAGACUUUAUUUCCACCAAAACAAAACAAAAAUGGAAAAGCUUUUAUUUAUUAUAUUGAAGUUCCAUUUGAGGACCAGGCUCUAGUCUAGAGAACUUGGCAUUUUUAUGUCUGGAUUUUAUUUACUUUGAUUUUAAUUUGAAUUUAAAUAAUAUUGUUUUAAAAUAUUUAAGUUGUACAUUCAAAAUAUUCUUUGAACAAGCUCAUUUAAAGGGGCUACAUUACAUUAUUUUCGAAUGUUAUAGUGUUGUUUCCUCCUCACAAACAGACCUGGAGUUUUGUUUUGUUUCAUUCACACAUUUUUAACAAAUAAAUCCUCCACAUUUAGGCCCCACUGUGUUUUUAAACUCAAGACACUUUCACAAAAAAUAGUUCGGAUAAUUUCAGCCCUGGAAUUAUCAAAGGUAAAACAGACAAAUAACUAAACUAACUAAAAAAAAUAAAUUAAUGUUUUUGAGGAGGUAACAACACUCUAACUUGGCUAAAAGCUCAUGAGAGUCAGUUUUGUGUAAUAUAGAACCUUUAAGUUACUGGUUCAAAUACCUCUCAGCUAAAAUCAUUCGUAGGUCGAGAGCGAAAACCCUGUGUAGUAUUUGUAUCUGUAGAAGCCUCAAAUGCCUCCUUCAGUUUUGAGAUCUUGGUUCUGACUCUCGGUUGUUAUGUUAGUGUAGCUGUAACAGAGGCCUGUGUUUUCUGUGCAAUAUUCUCUCAUGGUUAGAAAAAUGCUGAACCUUUGUACUUUACAGAGAUUAAACUUUCAAAUGCCGUUA